GCGUUGUAGAGAAAGUGUGAGCUUCGGAUAAAAUUUCGCGAUAUCGUAUGUAAUAUUCGCGAUGGACGGUCAUUUCAGUCCGGCGGAUUUACAGGCUCUCCAAAAUUUAAUUUGUCCAUCGAAAGACGACUCCGACAGCGAGGACGAUCUACCGCAGGCGGGUGCGAGGAAAUUCGGACCUGGUGACAUUGGCGCGCCGAGUGACCUUUCCCAGGACUCUUCCCAGAAUCGUUCGGGACCUCAUGCACCCCUACAAAGCAAGGGUGACGAUAUUUGGCAUCCCUCAGAGGCGGUCGACACUCAGAACUUGCAGGAUUACGACCCUAGAAAGCCGCCCGAAUACGAGAUGAAGUUUAAACAGGCAGUAACAGCUGAAGAUGUUUAUUUAGGAAUGGGCUUUAAAACGCCGAGCACGGCGUCCUGUGAGUGGCUGUCGGUGCUAGUGAAAUUGCCCCAGGAAACGCGGGAAAAAGUGGAGCUGUCCGUGGAAUCCGAGGCGAUCGACGUGCGCAGUCCAAGAUAUCGGCUGCACCUACCGACACCACAUUCGGUGGAUCCCAACGCGUCCUUCGCCAAGUGGCACAGUGACACCUCCACCCUGGAGGUCACUCUGAAACUCACACGUGAGCUGGAUAACAUAAACUUUUGAUUUCGGAUCGAUGCGUCGUCACUCUGGAUCGCCUACCGAAGCAACUCGUGUUUCACAAUAGGCGUGCAACUAUCAGGGCGGGAUAGACCGGCACGAUCGUGCUGUGAGACAAUCGUUCGGACGAUCGUACUUGACGAGAACUUCUUGGAUUUUGAUAGCAGGCACUCCAGGAUGUCGUGCGGAGGAUGCUAGGGAAUGCACUUGCAUCCUCGUUGAAGAGAACAGAAGUUGGAUUACGAGUUGACCUUUCAUUUCCACUUGAUCCUGAACUACUUUAUAAAUAAAAAAAGUUGUUCAAGUUAGCAUCAAGUGUGACACAGU